AUGUUGAUAACAUCGAAAAAGUUAUUUUCUGUAAUAAAAAGUGUGGGACUCUACAUCGGUGCUAUUGCUCGGAUCCUUCGCACUCAUGUAGUCUCAACGUUUCGAAGACUAAAUGUGACCAGAGAAGAGUAUUUGCUUCUGAAGUUGGCCAUUUUCUUCCAGCCAUCAUGCAUUCGUUUUGAACCCCUUGACAGUGUGAUAAUAGAAACUGCUUUGAGAAAAUAUCAGUCGGCUCUAGUAAAUCUUGUGAAACACAAUAACCCGGAACUUGACCAUGGAGCCGUAAUAGACAGGAUUGUGACACUCUUCGGAAUCCUCCCUUAUCUAGAGAUCGAAAACGGCAAACUUGAAUUGGACUUAAAAGAGCGAAGUAUAUCUAGUAGGUCUCAACAGCAAGACGAAGAUAACACAGGCCUUCUAAACAGACUGGAAAUCCCGUCAUGUGUCAGGUCGGUGACCAACGACAAGUAUCUUAUAGCGACCAAUGCUGGAUUCCGAGGUAUGCGUUAUGCUGCGUCUCCGAUGAAGAGGAUUGGCGCAACAUGUUAUUAUGGGUGUCGGAUUCCGCCAACGUGUGUCUAUUCAUGUUGGAGUACGGACAAGGAAGAAGCUUAG